AUGGGACUUGACCCGCUGUUGCUGCUGUACGGAAGCUUUCUGCGGUUUUUGGGGAGCUUUGGGGGAGCUGACGUGGCAGUGGUAAUGGCCAUACUGGGCUUCGGAACAGCCUCAGCUGUUGGAAGCGCCAGGGGCUGGCCCAAGUUCGCCACUGUACCUUUGUCUGCCGUUCGAUGGGUGGAAUCGGCACUGGCGGAACAAGGAGAAGCGAGAGCGCCGGGAGGUCUGUCGGCGCUGCACGUGGCGGCGGCUGUGGGGCACCCCGAGGUGGUGCAGCUGCUCAGCCGGGGUCUGGCGGUGCACGGCCACGACGCCUGCGGCUGGACGCCGCUGCUCUACGCCGCCGCCUGCGCGGAUGCCGGCCGCCGCCGGAACACGGUGCUGGAGCUGCUGGCAGCGGGCGCCGACGCGGGCUACGAGGCGCCCUCUGGCGACUCGGCGCUCUCCCUCGCGGCGUUAGCCCGGCGUCUGGACGUGGUGACGGAUCUCGCCAAGCCAAUGUUGCUGUACGAGCCUCAGAGGGACUGGACCUACUUACACUGGGCCAUCCAUUCCAGAAACGUCCAGGUAAUCAGAGCGCUGAUCGCCGCUGGCCACAAGGUGUCGAGCAAAGACAAACAGGGCUCUACAGCUCUGCACCUCGCAGCAGAAGAAUUCUAUGUAGAGGGUGCGCGUAUCUUGCUGGAAGCUGGAGCCAAAAUCGAAAAAAAGGACAAAUCGGGUCACACGGCGCUCGUACUUGCUGCGCAGAGAGGGCAGGGAGAGAUGAUGCUGUUCCUUCUGGAUGCAGGUGCUGAUCCGUUUGCGGUAUCAGUGCUUGGCUAUAAGCCACUUCACACGGCAGUACUGACUGGAGACGAGAAACAAGUGAAAUCUCUUUUGAAGAAGGGCGUAGAUAUCAAUGAUACGACCGAACAGGACUUUACGCCAAUGAUGAUAGCGGCAUGUAUUCGAAAUCUCAAGAUGGUAAAGUGCCUAAUGGGUCAUAAACCAGAUCUUAAGAAAACUAAUUUCAUUGGUUGGACGGCAUUACACUAUGCAGCCCGUAAUGGACCACCAGAGGUGGUGAAGUACCUUAUAGCCCAAGGAGCAGACGUUAAUGUUCGUGACUUGAACGACUGGAAACCAAUACACGUGGCAGCCCGUUAUUCUGAUGAUGAGGUGGUCGCUGCCCUUUUGAGUGGUGGGGCUGACCGCACGGAGACGCUGCCCCGCGUAGCGUCGCCGCUGACACUGGCGGUGGUGGCGGCGCAGCCGCGCUCCGUGAGGCGGCUGCUCGCCGCGGGCGCCGGGCCCGUCGACGGCUGCCUGCUGGCGCUGGCCACCAGCGACGACUGCAACGACGUCGACGACGCGGCCAGGCCCGAGGUGGCGCGCAUCCUGCUGGCCGCCGGCGCGCGCGCCGACCCCGCCACCGCGCAGGAGGCGCGCAAGCGCGGGUUCGCGCUCCUCGCCGCUACCAUAGAGGCGGCUGCCCGCUGA